UAAACAUUCAGCUGACAGCUCUGAAGUCAAGCCAUUCAAUUUGUGGUUGUAUUUACCCACGGAAUAAACCUUGUCCUGGACCCUUGCGUGUCUUUUAGGUCUUUGUAACGAUGGAGAGUUGUGAGGAAGGACAUGCACCUGAAUCCGAACCAGUUCCACGCAGCCAGCCGCUGUGCCGCUUCUUCUCUCAAGGCAGGCACUGUAGUUUUGGCAACAGAUGUAAGUUUCGGCAUGUGAGAGAUGACGCCGGUGCUCACGAGAAGAAGACCAACAGGACAACACCCAGCCAGCCGGAUGUCCAGCAGGACCCUGGUGGAAAUGUGGGGAACAGGCCUCCUCACCCUAACAAGUCCAGGGCUGCCCCCCCAGCCGCAGGCCGCCGCCGCCCCUGUCGCUACUUUCUCUCCGGCCACUGCACCAUGGAGGACAGAUGUCGCUUCUGGCAUCCGCCGCAGCUGCCCUCGGUGGAUGACCUGCCUGUUUCCGGCGAUCAGACGAGACCCGCUCCGAGGACGAUACCAGUGCCCCGUCCCGGCAUCCUCCAGGAGGUCAAGCUGUGUGACCUGACUGAGGACGUGGCCGAGCAACUACGAGAGACAGAGAUCAAGCAGCUGAAGAAGCGUUUUCCCAACGACAAGCUGAUUAUUCAGGAACGAAGUGAUGGCAAAGUCACUUUUUACAGGAUGACUGUGGAGGCCACUGAUCCAGACUGGCCUUUUGAUCUGAAAGAAAUUGACAUCAUGGUGAGCUUCCCAGACAAUUACCCACAGGAGGUUUUCACUUUGGAUGUACCAUUGGAUAGUGAUCUGCCAGCAGUUAUGGCAAGACAUGCACAGGAAGCCUCUUUGGAGUGGCUUCAGGCCAAGCAUGCAACCAAUCUGCUUCGGGGAAAGGUAGAGCUGCUCUUCCGGCCUUUUCUGCGCUGGCUAGAUCGAAGUUUGGAGAGACUGUUCACCGAAGGAGCCAGGCAGUUAAAAAAAGAAAUUGACGUAGAAAGGGCUGGACUGCAGUUUAUACCAUACCAGGAGCUCCAGGCAGCAGUAUGUGAAAAAUCUGAGAAGGACACCUCCUCUGCCUCUGACACCACUCCUGCUCCUGAGGCAGAUGGGGACAGCAGUGGUGAAGGAAAACUAGAAGUGACAGAAGGUGAGAGUGCAGUGGACGGAGGAAAGCUGCCUCGUUCAGACUGUGAUGAAGAGCAGCAGCAGGAGGAAGAAGUCACUCAUCUGGUUGAGAACAUUAAGAUCAGUGAUCCCCGCAGAGGCACAGAGGUGAAGGUGCUGGGACUGAGGCUGGGAGAGAACACAGCCACCUUAGUGGCCCAAAGGAUCACAGUUUCUCUUCAGUGUAAUAGGUGUAAAGUCACUGCAGACCUGAUCCUCAACGGCCGGACAGCCUGCGCAGCUCAAUGUGAAAAGUGCAGCACAAGCAUCAACGCUGCGUACAGGCCCUGCAUGCUGCACCACUACAGCGACGUCCUGGGCUACCUGGACCUCCACAACGUCACCACUGCUGACCUGGUGCUUCAGGACUGUGACCUCAUCGUGGGCUGCCUCAGCUGCUCCCAGGAGUGCCCUGUCCAGAAUAUUUCCUAUGGACAAACCAAAGAGUUAAACUGUGAACACUGCCACACCAAACUUAGUAUCCUGGCUGAGAGCGUAAGAUUCCAGUAUAUUCAGCCCCGCACCGAAAAAUCAGGUUCAAGUGCUGUUAGUUAUAAGACCAUACGAGAUCCUGCCGUGCAAAAGGGGAAGCCACUACCAGACAAAGGAGCAUGCAAACAUUACAAACAGAGCCAUCGCUGGCUCAGGUUUCCCUGCUGUGGUCGGGCUUAUGCGUGUGACGUGUGCCACGGUGAGGACCAGGACCACCCGAUGGAACUCGCCACUAGGAUGAUUUGUGGCUACUGUGCCAAAGAACAGCCAUUCGGCAAUGGAAAGCCUUGCAUCAGCUGUGGGAGCAUGAUGACCAGGGGCACUCGCACCAGCCACUGGGAGGGAGGACUGGGCUGCAGAAGCAAAGUCAAAAUGAACAGAAAUGAUCGACACAAAUACGCCAACACCAACAAAACGAUUUCCAGGAAGGCAGCCAGUGAAAAGAAGUAGCUGGUGAAAAAGAGGGUUGUUGUUUUAACCGGUGAACGGACAUUAUGGUUUCUAUGAAAUAUAUGUUGCCUUAAAAAAUCAUGUCGUUGUGAUCCUUCAUAAUGUGAGUGGGAGAAGUGAGAAUAUUCAGAUCUGCAUUUAAAAUCUGAAGCUUUGGUGUGGAUUGAGUGAAAAGACCUUGGUUUAGUAUCAAACUCAGGUUUAACAGGUUAUCGCAUGUAAUGAGAUAGAGUGAGUCGAUGCAUGCAGGUCAUUUGAUGUGAUUGCACAGUGUGUUAACAGAUCAAAAGUGUCUUAUUUCCCGAUUUAAUGCUGUUAUAAUAGAAAAAGAGGUAAACACAGCUUCAAGUUAUCUCUGGACUGACAUAGCAGAGUGUAGGCAUGUGUCCGACCAUUUCAGUAAAACACAACAUAAAGUAUCCAGAGUCACCUUGUGUACACCAGGUGAUCAGUGCAAACUUAACUGUGGGGUUGUAUGUGGUUUGAUUAUUUCUGCCAAGGAGGUCAUGUUUUCUUCUGUGCUUGUUUGUUAGUAACCAGGAUUAUGUAGAAAUUUCGAGCAUGACUGACGGAGGAAACCCGUUAAAUCUCAGAUCAGAUCGGGGAAUUUAGUUUUUAACAUUCUUUAACAUUUUUUGAUUGAUUUUUUGAUUUUUAAUUUUUGUUUAUAAGAGAAUAAUUCAUGAAUCUUGAUUUAAAAAAAAAAAAAACAAUGGACAAAAAAAUCCAGACUAAGCCAAUUUCAAUGUUGUUUCAUGAGGGUACUGUUUGGCCUUGGCAGAGGUCUGAACUACUACUGAGUGACAUUCUCGUUUUACAUCAGAAAUGUAUCUUCAACUAAAUAAUCAUCUUAAAUUAAUAAUCGAUUCUGCUACUUGGAUUAAAAAACUGAGAAUUGUUAA